AACGACUCGAAGAACUAAACAAAGCACGGAAUAAUGACCUUAUUACAGAAGAAGAACACGAGCUCAUGCGAACUUGCCUGUUCGAUUCCUUUGCCCCACAGACAGUUGCACCUCGAAGGAAAAGAUCCGCUGAAGAUGAAGUUUCCAAGUCGUCUAUAGCAAAACAAAGAAAAUUUGCGGUAAAUGGCACCAUCAAGCCAAACGAACGUAUGAAUUACUACUUCAUUGAUCCAGGGGAUUAUAAUAUUCCUCUUAUUCAGAAGGUUAUGCGGGGCGAAUACAUAUUAAUGCAUGGGCCCCGCGCCUCAGGCAAAUCUACUCGAACGUGGCGAGCCAUGGAGCAGCUGCAUAAAUAUGGCUAUGUCUGCGUCUACAUAACAUUACAUGAUCUCACUUUGCGUGACGAGGAGACCUUCUGGAGAUCUUUUGGUCAAGCUUUCACCCGUUCUCUUAACGGUUACUUUGGUAGAAACGGAACCAUGUUCCAAUCGAAAAUCCCUAUACCUGACAUCACGAGUGUCGAGAUACUUCAAAAUGUUAUCGCUAAGUCGAAUGACCUUUGGAGUGAAGUGAGAAAUUUUCGUGCAGAGCGGACGCAGCAAGUACCAGAAAAUCCUCUCAUUAUCUUCGUAGACGAAUUCGACAGUGUUUCUAUCAGCAAUACAAUAUGCAUGUCUUUCCUGAACAAAGUUCGUGGAAUCAAGACCAACGACAUAUAUGCUUUUACCAAAAAAGACGUAAAAUGCCUUUUCCAACAAUUCCAUGAGGAUCAUUCAGAUAUUGGAUAUCAUGUUGCGGACCGUGCUAUAGAAAUAAUCUACCGAAAUUCAAACGGGCAUUCUGGUCUCGUUAAUCUCUGCGGACGUGCGAUCGAAAACUGGCUGAGAAAAUGGUACCGCAAUUGUGGUAAAACAAACAUGACAUUUGCUGAGUGGUUAUUCUAUAGUGCAAUCAACUUGCAAAAUGAAAUACCAACAUACACUACGUUCGAUGAAAUGUUAAAAAAUCUCCACAAGAAAGAAGGUGCUAUGAACCUUCUCCGUACUUAUUUCCUUGGAUCUCUAGACUCUGUUGUUAUCACAAAUGACCAUGAAC